CCCCUUUUCAUGUUGUGAAACUUAUGUUAUAGUAUUGUAUGUAUCCUUAUUUCUUUCUUUUUGGACAAGACGAAAUCUCGAUGGGGGAAUAGGUCUCUUUUUUAUUUUUAUUUUUUUGGUUAAUGUUAUUAGUCCUUGUGACAUAGUCACAAACAAAAGGCCUCAUGGAGGCUUGCCUAUCGAUUGGAGCAAUACUUUGUGAAGACUCUCAAUAUGAGCCUAAAUUGGCCAGAUUUAGGAUGUGGCGACAUCUGGGAGCAGAAAUCGGUCCCGAAAUCCUAAACAGAAUAAUCUUUUUGGAGCGGGGAUGGAGAUUUUUACCACGAAAAUCUCUAACAUAACAACAAUCCUUUUGAGUAGAGUAUAUUGAGAGGGUUGGGGGAUGAUUAUUGUUUGCUCCAUCGGCAUGUUGUUGAUGCAUUUUGAGCCCAAUUGGAAGAUGGUCGGGUGGACAAAUCUCGUUGCUGCGUGUUGGGCCCAAUUGAAAGAUAAAACGCGGCCCGGGAUGUUUAACACUUCAUUUCCACGGUUAUUUGGUACCGUAUUGCUUACUACGCAGACUCGACGGGUGGGUCAAUCUUGUUGCUGCAUUUUGGCUUUUAAGUGUUGGAAUAUAAAACGCGCCCAUCUGCUUAUCUCCAUUUUUCCAACACUUCAAAGAUGCAAAACCCUCAAUAAACCCCUCCCAGCCCUUCACCCCACAAUCUUCUAACUUCAAAGCCUUGAAAAAGAGAUCAACGAUCCUAACCACGGCAAAUUUCUUGCAGCUUUCUAACCAAGCAGGGGAAUGGAGAGACUUGUGAAGAAAUUGUUUAAUGAAGCUGAGAAGGGUGCUGGAGUGAGUUGGCGGAGAUUGGUUCCGAGAACUGAUGCCCAGAGGGGCCAAUCCUGUUUGCCUAUGGCUAUGUCUGGAGCUAUAUCCACCAAGAAGAACAUCGUUGAAGGCUUAACUGACGGUGGUUAUGCAAAAAGACUUUGCCCAUAUGAUCUCUAUGCUUUGAUGGGUGGGUGCGCCUCAACGAGACUACAAGCAUCCAUUGCUGCUGGAUUAUGGGGUUUUCAGUAUCCCCUCAGCAUGUGGGAGGAUGCUUAUCAGAAUCAGGUUGCGGACCGUGUUCCGCCACCUCCUCAUCAUGUCUUCGAUGAAGCACCGUUCUCGUUGGAUCCUUCCAACCCUCUAAUCUAUUUAGAGGAUUUCUUGGUUGCUACCUCAAUUGAAGCUAUGGCUGAGAACUUAAUGCAAUGCCCUGGCGUCACUGUUCUCCAAGUUCCUAACAAGUUGAGGCGGCUGUAUAUGGAUGAUGAUGACCAACCCCAUCCUAAUGCUUUCAAGAUCCACAAGCUUAAAUCCAAACGCAAAUCUACCAAUCUUGAGAGGAGAAUGGUUCAAGAUAAUCCUCAUAAACCUCUCUACCAUGCCUUCUUGGUGGUAGGCUAUUGCCCUGAGAAGAAGUAUUUCAUUCUUCAGAAUUCUUGGUCGUAUCGCUGGGGAUUGGGCGGUUUUAUAAAGGUCCAUGAAGAUUUUAUCCACAGCAUCUGGUUUCCAACUGAACUGGGAGAAUCACCCAGUAGCAAGUUGCCUGAGUGGAUGAACGAGUACAGGGUGGAAUUAGAAACAAACUUGGCAGCAACAAAGGAACUGUAUAAAACGCUGAAGGAAGCAGCCAAAAUCAAGAAGAAAAAUGCAGAGAAGAAGAAGAAGAAGGAGACUGAUGAUUUUGAGAGGACCUUCCAGCAUUAUACAGGGUGGAAGAUUUGGGUGUUGGAUAGGCUGAGAGUAUUCGAGGGAGAUGAUAUGUCUGAAUUCGAGGAAUUAUGUAUUAAGUGGGGUUGUAGCCCUGAUGGUGCUCCUAACCUAUGGAUGGACCAGUGAGGUAGGUAAGGUUUUUCAAAAUAUGCUGUAGGUUAACUAUUGGAAAGGAUAUGAUUUGGUAUGUGUUAUGUGCUAGUUUUUAUUGCCAUUGAAGAAAGGGAUACAAAAGGAAAGUCCUCAUGCAGUUUUGAUCUUGAUGUGAUUCUGCACAUUUGUGUUGCUCACCAUAUGAAGCCUGUGAUGACUCUGUUAGAUUGUAAUUGUUCUUAAUCAAUUUUUAAAGUUUACCAGCCUAUGAUUUUAAUGGCUGAUUUGAUAAUCUGGUACUAAUCGCAUAACAGCUUGAUCUGUGUGAAAGGACUAAUUAAAGCUUUGUUUCCCUUUGGUCUUUUACAUAAUUCUUGGAGCCACUUCAAUGUCAUUGUUGAAGUUUCAUUUCUGUAAUACUGUGUAUAUAUGCAGCUUUUGGCGAUGGAGAGGCAUGAAGAAUCUGGGAAGGAGUUCCAGGGUGUAGAUAUUCCAGGGUCAGGAAGUGGUUCCUCACAUCCACAAAGCCCUUCCGCCAAAGGAUAGAGAGUAAAGUAGACAGUAGGAUUAGUGAAGUAAUGAACCUUGCAUCUAGAAACCAAUACAACCCCUGCCUUUUCAUCUUCUGUGAAUCAAUAGGAAUUGUAUUCCUUGUCACCAUAGUUUCUUGACAGCAAUGGAGAGUUUUUGGUACAUUUGCUGUUAGUACAGUGCACUUUUGAUCUGGUACCUAUGUAGCUUUACUACUAGUCUACUAGAAGUCUAGAACUUCUUGAUUCUGUGCACUUUUGGGCAACAAUGGUUGGCUACUUGGAGUAUUAAACAAAUGUUUAUGUUGGCUCCAUUUUUCCUGUUUCUGUUUGUGUUUGUGUUUUGAAUGGUUGGCUACUACUUGGAUGGAUUGGGCAAAUUGGCAGUAUGAGACCUCUCAUGCAUCAUUGUUUGAUCUUAAAGUCAGUUUAUAAGCCCCCCAGUCAAUAUUUUCCACUUCAUGUCACACGGCCACAGACGUGAAGUUUCACGCUUUUCUUUCUUUUCUAGAUCAAAAAACAAUAAAGAAGGCCGAGACUGGUGCCGCAAGUUCUUCACUAAGGUUACAGUUUGUGAUUAGGACCUUAACUGAGUUUAUGCCGCCAACAACUCCGAUGUAUCCCCGCCACACACAAAAGAUUUCGGGUAGCUAAAUUUCGGACUUGACACAGAGCACAUCAUUCUUUGUUCACCAGUCUCCACAGUGUAAUCUCAGCUUUAGACUUGUGAAAUCCACACCAGGUGAAUUUGCCUAGAACUUCUGCUUACGGACUUGAUGAUGAAUGGAAAGGAACCUAAACCUCUCCUCCGCAAGGUCAAAACAUUGGACAACUCUAGCACCUUGUAUUGAUUGAGUAGGAUCAAAUCCCAAGAAGCUAAGAGGAUGGUCGGGGAGAACUAAUGUUUCGUGUGUCGUCACAUACAUUACGCCAUUCAAGCUGAACUGGUGCCCAAUUAUCUUACCACAGAUUAGACCAUUGACAAGGCUUGUAAAAGGUCGUUUGUGGCUUUAAAUUUAUAUUAUAUUUUGGAAGCUUAACCGUUGGCGGGAACAAUUGCGGAUGGAUCUAAAGAUGGGGCUAAACUCAGAAUUGUCGGAUACAAUCUUCUCUUUUUCUUCUUUUCAUUAGUUGUGCCGAACUAACAUAUGGUUUGAGUCAUGAAUUCAAAACAAAUUAGAUUUGUUGCCAUACGUGUGAAAGGAGAAACCCGGGGUAAGAUGUGCGUAUUUUAACCUUAAUUAACCUACACCCUGUAAACCUAUGUUUCAGACGCAUAACAUCACUGCUAAUAUCUAAUUAUUUAUACAGGUAACGAUUCUGCUGCCGUCUAAAACUCUGUUAACAAAGCUGC